UAAAACUCCUAACACUUGUAUACAUUUUGUUAGCUAUUAUAAGUUCUUCAGUCGCACGAUUACUUUUAAACCAAAAUGAUAAUAUAUCUAAUAAUCAAUAUUUAUUUAAGCGUUUGUUUAUGUGAGUUAAACGUGGUAUAUCAGUGGGACAAAAUAGAUUUGUCAAUUCAUGAAACGGAACAUUCCUAUAUUCCAGAAAACAAUCUUGUGCACAGAAUGAAAAUUUGGAACAACACAUUGUACAUGGCCAUACCCAGGUUUAAGCCAGGGGUUCUGGCCACAUUAUGCAAAAGUAACAGAGGUACUAUACAACCAUUUCCGUCUUUAAGUCUUCAAAAAGUUGGUAGUUGUAUUGGGAUGCAAAACAUCAAGGAAAUCGAAAUUGAUCAUUUAGGUCACUUAUGGAUGUUAGACGUGGGUAAGGUUUACGAUCUAGAAGAACCCGAUUACACCUGCGAUCCGAAAUUGCUUAUACUGGACAUAAACACGGGUAGAAUGAUACGAUCAGCGGUGAUACCGAGCAGCAUGUACACUAAUCAAAGUAUACUUAGUGGCAUUUCAAUCGAUUUGAAAUCACUCACUGUUAUAAUAGCUGAUAUAGGUCCCAAUUCUGGGUUUAUUGUUUAUAAUUAUGACCUAGGAUUUUUUCAAAAAUUUCAAUGUAAAUUAUUGUCCAGCGUUAAAGACUAUAACGAAGCACUUUUAACUAUAUCUCCAAUUGAUAAUAUGUUAUACUUCACCACCGUAGAAAUGGACAGUCUAUUUACAAUUCCAUUGAGUGUAUUCGAUGCGCCUUUCAUCAACGACAUAAGUCAUUACGUUAACAACCAAGGACUCAAAACAGACACAUCGACUGCUAUGAUCAUGGAUACGACUGGGAACUUGUAUCUAGGUUUGACUAGAAAAGUAAUUGCCUGGAACACUUUGAAAAACAGUUUCGAAAUCAAAGAUUUGUACAUACAAGAAGUGAGAUUCGAUUGGAUUUCAAGUUUCGCAUUUGAUUCAAACGGAUACUUGUGGAUCACUACCUCGGCAUUCAGAGAUUUCCUAGAUGGGUCAAGUUCGAGGAGAAUGAACAUUAAAAUAUUUAAAAGAUUUUGUGGUACAACAGCCUUCGCACUUCAACAUUUACAAACGUAUGUAAACAAUAAUACACUCCCAAAUAAUACCAACUCUGCCGAUUCCAAAAUUGCUACUUCUAUUUAUCUUUUAACUCUAAUUAUAUUAUUAAAAUAUAUCGUAGAAAUGUAACACACUAAUUAAAACAAUUUUUUUAAUGUAACAACUACCUAUACAGGAUAGUCAUUAGUACAAGUUGUAAAUUGUAAUAAAUUAAAGUGAAGUAUCAAUCCACUUUUAAAUAAAUGUAUAAUAAUUUUGUAGCGUUAUAUUCCAUUAUUAUUAAAUAAGUAGGAACUAUGAAUUGAUCUAAUUAAUUAGAUAGGUAUAGGUAAAUAAUUCAUUAAUAUAAUAUAAGAUCAAUUACGGUACCACAUGAAAAUUUUUUUCUUAAAAUUAGAAUUCAGAUUUUUUAUUUAUUAUAGUAAAGUAGGUAAAAAUAAAAUAUUUUAGCUAAAAAUCCGAUAUAAAACUAUUAUUCUACAUGAUAAAGAGAGUUUAUUAAGUUUAUUGUUUUAACAAUAUCUACGUAUUGUCAAUCUAAAUAAGGAACUGCUUCUUUAGGUUUUUUUUUCUUAAUUGGUUUUUUUGGUUCUGAUUUUAGAAACUGCUUAAAUUAGGGUUUUGAUUAAAAUCGGUACAUAACGGUUCCGAAUAUUUUUUGUUUAGUAUUUUUAAGCACUAAACUAUUAAAUUGUUUAUAGGUACAUACAUAAAAUACUAUUAUAUUUUAUACAUAUAAAAUCAAAAUAAUAUAUAAAUAAUAUUAAAUAUAAAUAGUUAUUUAAAUCUUAAGAGUUAAGAUUUCGCAAAAAUUAAAUUAUUAAACACAAAUUAUAUUAGUUUGUCAAAGCACUUCUCAUUCUUGAAAAAUGGUCACAAAGAUAUGGACAAAAAAUAUAAAAAUACAUUAUUUUUUUAAUGUAUCAUCAUACAAUGUAACAACAGAUAUUUUGAAUUAAUAAUACGGGUUCUUGGGCUCUAUUUUUAGUUCCAGUUAUUUUGAUAUUAAUAUAUGUAAAUUCGGUUCCAGUUCUCAACAAUUUAAAGAUCUUUGGAUUUCAAAACUAUUAUUUUUAGUUCACUUUAAAUCUCUGAAUUCUAAAAAUUACCUGGUACAAUUAAUUCUCACAUUAAUUCCGGCUUCUGCUCAGUGUUUGUUCCAUGCGGUGUAAUUGCUAAAAAGAAAGAAAACAAAUGUAAAUCUGGCACUAUUUUUUUUUUUAACUAUAGGUAUUAUACAUUAAAUAUGUAACUUAUUAUAUUCAAAUUCGUAAUUAUUUAUUUAUUUUAAAUAUACAUUAACAUUUUAAGUCUUUAACCACCAUGAACACCACCAUGAAUCAUGAUGUGAUGAUUAUCGGAUUAUCCCAUUGCCAUCAAAAAAUAUUUUCUUUUUAAAUUUCACUAAAUUUCACCUACGAUAAUUCUUAGUUGGGUUAUUAUUUUGUGGAAAAAUAUGUGUAACUUUAUAGUUAAGUAACUAUAUUGAGAGAUGUAUAAAUUGAGAUUUUUAAGGAUUAAAGCCUUCUUGUAAGUAAUCGUUUAAUCUACAAUUUUCUAAGUUCUCUUUCAAAAUGAAUAUUUUAAUCGUACCUAUAGAAAUAGAAUAGAGCUACUUAGUUACAAUUUUAUUUGCAGGCACCAGCACCUAAUUAAAUGUUAAAUAAUUUAAAUAUUGAUUAAAAAACAAAAAUGUUAACCUA